AUGAGCACCCACAUCGAGAGACUCCAAAGCGAAGACGAGGUGGCGUUUAAGCUGAAGGGAGAAAUCGCAGCAAUCGAAAAGGAAAUCAAAAGUUGGUUCAUCAAGAGGAGACUUAACAUGGAGCUGAACUACUCCCUGCAUAACCUCUUCACUAACUAUAACAUUGUGGGACUGUCGAUUAAUAAAAAAAUAGACUUGAAGGAGAAGAUGUUGUGGCACGACAUAGUCAAUGGGAAGCCCACACUAGAGGAUACACUCAGCUUGGAUGCAAAGGAAUACAAGGCAGAUGUGUAUAGGAAGAUGUGGGAAAACAGCACAACUACAGAUAACCCCUGUAGGCUGGUUGGCUCAAUUUUCUUUCGGUGCCUAAAAGGCAAUUACCAGUUAACGGAGCAAGAAAGAGAGGGCACGUGCAUGCAUAGCUUUUUAAAUUUCACCCACUGUAGAAAGGCGUUGAAGCUGCAGCAGGCCAACAACAUAAGGACUGCCCUUACGAAGCAGAGUGCGGAGGACACCCAGGCGAAGGCGCUCUUUGAGCGGAGGAGCGCUCUGCUGGGGAAGUUGACGGGGAGCGCUCCCUAGGGCGAGGUGGUUCAAGCGGUUGGCGAAGCAGUUUUUGCGGUGGUGAAGCAGUUUCUGCAGGGGCGCUUCUUUUCCCCAGGGGGUGCCCCUCAGACGUUGUGCUUCUCUCCAACCGCUGCGCUCCUCUCCAACCGUUGCGCCUCUGACCACCCCUAGUACUUGAGGCCGCCCAUGAAGGUGCGCGCGUCGGGCACCUGGCCGUUGAACGCAGCCGAUGAAAAGUCAAACGUGGGGUACUCGUGCUGGAAGCGCUCCAAAAGAAUUUGCUUCCGAGUGUUAUCCUCAUCAACGGCAUUGAUGCACUUGUGCCCCUUAAAGACGCUGCUCCACGUUUCUGCCUUCCUCACUUUGGUUAGAAGGAUGUGCAAACUCUUAUCUUCAAUAAACCAGUAGGAGCAGCCCUCGUCGAUGAGGCCGGACAGCUCCCCCUCCAAAAAACUCUCCAUUCCUUUCAACCCAAUUCGCAUUC